UCCUCCAGGGGACACAUAAAGACAGCAGGAAAGUUACCGAAACUAACACUCUGUGUGACAAGGCCAAUGCAGCUCACUACACGCUGGUUUUCUGAAUUCUUGGUCGGGGGGUGAACUCCUGGGAAGCGGAUGAAGAAACAAAUUUUGCUUUUGUUCAACUUUAGAGGACUAGUACGGAAAGGAAAAAAAGGUAAAAAGAGAAAAUGGCCAAUUUCAUAUUACGGAAAGCUGAACCCAAGGAUGUGUCUGAUAUCUUGCGACUCAUAAAGGAACUGGCUAAAUUUGAAGAGAUGGAGGAGCAGGUCAUACUAACUGAGAAAGAGCUACUUGAAGAUGGCUUUGGAGAUCAUCCAUUCUACCACUGCUUGGUUGCUGAAAUCCCAAACGAACAGCAGUCCUCAGAAGGGUACACUGUGAUUGCUUUUGCUAUGUACUACUUCACUUAUGACCCUUGGAUUGGGAAGUUGCUAUAUUUGGAAGACUUCUAUGUCAUGCAGGAGUUUCGGGGUUUUGGCAUUGGUUCACAAAUCCUGAAACUUCUGAGUGAGACGGCAGUGAAGACUCGCUGCAGCAGCAUGCACUUCAUUGUAGCAGAAAACAACAAGAAGUCUAUUGAGUUCUACAAACGAAGAGGAGCAGCUGACCUCUCCUAUGAGGAGGGCUGGCGUCUUUUUGCAAUAGAGAAGGAGGGGCUGCUGAAAAUGACCAAAUGAGUUUACUGUUAAUCAGCUUGUACUGACUGUUGGUGAUGGCUACAAUCCUGUUUUGUUUGGUCAGUGAUUUUAAAAUACAUUAUAUACAAAUAUUUUAAAUACAAAAAAAAAUCAGCUGUUACCUUUGAUAAACAAUAUAUGCAAAUGUCUGCUGAUCUGAAAUCUAGAAAGACUUCUGCUCAUUUCUAACUACAUGCUGUUGAUGAUUUUACCUAAUGAUUUUUUUUGUGUGUGUUUUUUGCCAUUGUAUGAUUUAAAGGACAUACUUAACCCAAACAAAAGCUCUGUAUGUUUUAUAUCUUCUUUCUACAUAUGCUAAAUAUUGUUCUAAUUUCUGCUUUGUUUUCCAACAUUGUGUGAUGUUCAAUAUAUGUGGCUUGUAUAUGGAACCAAAAAAGUAUAAAAUUCCUAAAAGAUGUUCUAAGUCCAGUCAGCUUUGUUUUACUUGAAGAUACAUAUUCGUACUUUUAUGUAUACACCCAAAAAUGAUUCCUGAUGUACUGUUUGGCCAGCACUUUGUGAAUAAUAAGGGCAAAGUUUCCUCAUAAAGUACUUCGAUGGAUAAACACAAUGAGUGCCUGUUUUUUUUUUUUAAACUGAGCUUCCAGUGUAUAACAUGAUAAGAGCAUGACUUGUUGUAUGACUUACAUAACUUGAUUAUCAAGAAUUUUGACAUCUAACAAAUGAUUAUACAACUUUUAUUUAUUUCCUGGUUUCUUAUAACUUUUUGGCUUCUCACUCUUUAUAGCUGCAAAGUGUCCUUGUGACCCCCUCAUUGAUGCUUUCAUGACCUACAUGAGCUGUUUCAUUUGAAUCAUUUUUAACUUUUUGUAUAUUAGAAAUGUUUUGUUGUUGUUGUUUUUCCUCUUCUUCGUCCUACUUAUUAAUCAUUUUGUGACCCAUCACAUU